AUGGCAGACGGUGAAACUAUGCAAGAAGUCGAAGUAGAAACCUUCGCCUUUCAAGCUGAAAUUGCUCAGUUGAUGAGCCUAAUCAUCAAUACUUUCUAUUCGAACAAAGAAAUCUUUCUUCGUGAAUUAAUUUCAAAUUCUUCUGAUGCUAUCGACAAGAUUCGGUAUGAAAGCUUGACUGAUCCAUCCAAAUUAGAAUCCUGUAAGGAUCUAUUUAUCAACAUUUAUGCUGACAAAGACAGCAAAACCUUGACUAUUCGUGACUCUGGUAUUGGAAUGACGAAAGCAGAUCUUAUCAACAGUCUUGGUACUAUUGCCAGAAGUGGUACAAAAACUUUCAUGGAAGCUCUACAGGCUGGUGCUGAUAUAUCUAUGAUUGGUCAAUUUGGUGUCGGUUUCUACUCAGCAUAUCUGGUUGCCGAAAGAGUUACAGUCGUUAGCAAACAUAACGAUGACGAACAGUAUAUUUGGGAAUCGGCAGCUGGUGGUUCUUUCACAAUUCGUCGUGAUGAUGGUGAACCUCUUGGUCGUGGUACAAAAAUCAUCUUGCAUAUGAAAGAAGAGCAAAUAGAAUAUUCAGAAGAGAAACGUAUAAAAGAGAUUGUCAAAAAGCACAGUCAGUUCAUUGGAUAUCCCAUCUCUCUACAGGUAGAAAAAGAGCGUGACAAAGAAAUAAGCGAUGAUGAAGAAGAAGAAGAAGAAAAAAAAGAAGAAACGGAAAAAGAAGAGGAAGGGGAAGACGAUGAUAAACCCAAAAUUGAAGAAAUUGACGAAGAAGAAGAGAAAAAGAAAGCUGAAAAGAAGAAGAAAACAAUAAAAGAAAAAUACAAUGAAAUGGAAGAACUAAAUAAAACUAAACCAAUCUGGACCCGUAACCCUGACGAUAUCAGUCAAGAAGAAUACGGAGAGUUCUAUAAGAGCUUAACUAAUGACUGGGAGGAUCACCUUGCAGUGAAACAUUUCUCCGUUGAAGGACAACUUGAAUUCAAGGCCUUGCUUUUCGUCCCGAAACGUGCUCCAUUUGAUUUAUUUGAAAACCGCAAAGUGAAAAACAAUAUCAAAUUGUAUGUCAGGCGUGUAUUUAUAAUGGAUAACUGCGAAGACUUGAUCCCAGAGUACUUAAAUUUCGUAAAAGGUGUUGUUGAUUCUGAAGAUUUGCCUCUCAAUAUCUCCCGUGAGACGUUGCAACAGAACAAAAUUUUGAAAGUUAUCCGAAAGAAUAUUGUAAAAAAAUGCGUCGAGCUUUUCAACGAAUUAUCCGAAGACAAAGAAUCUUAUAAGAAAUUUUAUGAACAAUUUUCUAAAAAUUUGAAACUUGGAAUGCACGAAGAUAGUACCAACAGGAAGAAGAUUGGUGACUUACUCCGCUAUCACACUUCUUCCACCGCAGAUGACGUAACAUCUUUGAAAGACUAUGUCUCUCGUAUGAAGGAGAAUCAAAAUCAAAUCUACUAUAUCACUGGUGAAAAUAAGGAACAGGUGGCUAAUUCCGCAUUUGUCGAAAGAGUAACUAAGAAAGGUUUCGAAGUUAUCUAUAUGACGGAGCCUAUUGAUGAAUACUGCGUACAACAGCUGAAAGAAUAUGAUGGCAAGAACUUAGUUAGCGUAACGAAAGAAGGCCUUGAGCUUCCUGAAGACGAAGAUGAAAAGAAGAAACGUGAAGAAAACCAAGCAAAAUACGAAAGUCUAUGUACGAUGAUGAAAGAAAUUUUAGAUAAGAAGGUCGAGAAAGUAACUAUCUCUCAGCGAUUGGUCUCAUCCCCCUGUUGUAUUGUCACGAGCCAAUACGGCUGGACUGCAAACAUGGAAAGAAUCAUGAAAGCCCAAGCUUUACGUGAUACAAGUACUAUGGGUUAUAUGGCUGCUAAAAAGCAUUUGGAAAUCAAUACGGAUCAUUCCAUCAUCCAAACUCUACGUAAUAAAGCCGAUGCUGACAAAAAUGACAAAUCUGUCAAAGACUUGGUUAUGCUUUUAUACGAAACUGCUUUAUUAUCAUCUGGUUUUUCUCUUGAUGAACCCCAAACACAUGCUAACCGCAUUCAUCGUAUGAUUAAGCUUGGUCUCGGUGUUGACGAUGACGAUGCUCCUGCUGAGUCUGCUGAAGCUUCAGAAGAAAUGCCUCCUUUGGAAGACAAUGAUGAUGCUUCACGAAUGGAAGAAGUCGAUUAA